AUGGUGGAGGAAGGAAUUGUUCUAGGGCACAAGGUCUCUCACCAUGGUAUAGAGGUAGAUAGAGCGAAAAUCGAAGUCAUAGAGAAGUUGCCUCCCCCGGUGAAUGUUAAGGGGAUCCGGUCCUUUCUUGGGCAUGCCGGAUUCUAUAGGCGGUUCAUUAAAGACUUUUCAUUGAUUGCUCGACCUCUCACAAACCUCCUCCAAAAGGAAUGUGACUUUCACUUUGAUGCCGCGUGUCUCAAGGCCUUCAACACAAUCAAGGUUGCCCUUAUUUCUACUCCUAUAGUUCAAGCUCCGGAUUGGCUAGAACUUGGGAGUGAGGCUCCGGAUGAUGUGCCAAUUGAGGAUGCUUUGAGAGAUGAUACCUUGUACAUGGUUGAGAGUUCCCAACUCCCUUGGUUUGUUGACAUUGUGAAUUACUUGGCUUGUGGGGCGAUCCCCGACGAUCUCACAACUCAAGGACGCCGCAAGUUGAAGUAUGAUGCUAGGCGCUAUAGUUGGGAUGAGCCCACAUUGUUGAGACGGUGCCCGGAUGGCCUUUUAAGGAGGUGUGUCCCGGAUGAGGAGUUCCCUAGUGUUCUUCGUAUGUGCCACUCCUCCCCUUGUGGUGGGCAUAUGGGAGGUGAUAGAACCGCUUCCAAGAUUCUUCAAUGUAUGUUGUGGUGGCCUACCCUUUUUCGGGAUGCUUGGGCAUUUGUCAAGUCUUGUGAUCGUUGUCAAAGAACGGGUAAUAUUUCCAAGAGACAUGAAAUGCCACAAAAUCCCAUCUUAGAGUUGGAGGUUUUGGAUGUGUGGGGAAUCGACUUCAUGGGUCCUUUCCCUUCUUCUUAUGGCAACCUCUACAUCCUUGUAGCGGUUGACUAUGUUUCCAAGUGGGCGGAAGCCAUUGCCUCUCCCACUAACGAUCACAAAGUGGUUAUCAACCUCUUCAAGAAGAUCAUCUUUUCGCGUUUUGGGGUUCCUAGGGCUUUGAUUAGAUAUGGGGGAUCCCAUUUUUCCCAUGGUAAGUUCAAGGCUCUCUUGCGAAAGUAUGGUGUUCAUCACAAAAACGACUUUCAAAACGCCGAUUGGGAUGACUCCUUACAAACUUUUUAUGGCAAGAAUUGCCACUUGCCGGUGGAGCUUGAGCACAAGGCCAUGUGGGCCAUCAAAACAUUGAAUUUCGAGCUCACUAGUGCGGGUGAGCGGCGCUUGCUCGACCUCCAUGAGCUAGAGGAGCUCCGCAUGAAUGCCUAUUACUCGCAGAGCAUUUACAAAACCCGUUCUAAACAAUAUCAUGAUGCCAAGAUCGAAAAGAGAGAGUUCAAGGAGGGGGAGAAGGUCUUCCUUUAUAAAUCCCGCUUGAAGUUGUUCCCGGGAAAACUCAUAUCCCGGUGGAGCGGUCCGUUCGAUGUUGUUCGGGUCUUCCCUCAUGGUGCAAUCGAGAUUCGGAAUGAUGAUUCCGGGUCCUUCAAAGUGAAUGGGAAUCGGCUCAAGCACUAUUACUUGGGAGACUCUAUUGGCUUUUUUGCUUUCUUGGACCUCAAAGACCCCCCAUGA